CUGAUGAUUGGGCGGACAUUUUCCUAAUUUUGCUUGGAAAAUUUGCUGAAAAAACAUCCAUGUAACAUUUUCCAAAUUAUUCACUGGUUUCUCAUUUAGCAAGCGGCUACCCUGAUUAACACAGAUCAACAAUACAAACAUAUUUUGAUAAAAAGUGAAGACCAACUUUCUCUGUUAUUCUAUUAUUGACUGUCAAAGCGUGACGGAGGGACAUACAAAAAUCUUCCAAAAUGCCUGCACUGAUUGAACGUCCAAAGAUGACGAAGACAAUGUACCAGGCAUUGAAGAGGCACAUCAUGAAGGAGAGAGAGAAGAAAAAACAAGAACAAGAACAGGAUGAGGCGCAGGAAAGAAUGAAGAAAGAAAGAGAGCAGCGCAAGAAAAAAGAACAGGAAGAUUCAAUGACCCUGGAACAAACCAAAGAACAGGUCACAUCGAAUAUCAGACAACAAGAAACUAAACUCGAUUCUCUGAAGAAAGAAAAACAUGAGUUGUUCUCACAGUUGAAGAAAGUGUUACAUCAGGAGGAUGAGACGAGACGUCGGGCACAAGUCAAGGAGCAGAACGAACUGCUGAGCAUGAGUCAACACUAUAAUCAAACGACCGGCAUUCCGGUUUCGGUUUCCUCACACCCGAUGUUCCUGCCUGCUAAUACACCUGGGAUCACUACUGGUAUGCCGGUUCCCAACCGCCAUCAGUUGUAUAAACCGGGCCAUGCACAAUCACAAAUGCAUCAAAUGGCUGGGCUCCAGAACAGGAAUUAUCUGGUUCUACAAGGUAUGAAGCGACCACGAAGUCCAUCACCACCGCCUGCUACGAUCUACCAGCACUACCCGGAGACUAAAUAUCCCCCUGCAACGUACUCACAGAGCAAGGCUUAUACACCUGCGCAGAAGCACAGCCACUAUCAGACGGCCCAGGCUGGACACGUGACUUAUGUGACUCAAUCUCAAGGCUACCAUCAACAACAACAACAACAGGCACAGCAGCAGCAACAGCAGGCACAACAAGCAGCUGCUGCACAACAACAACAACAACAACAGCAACAACAACAAGCUGCUGUGCAGCAACAGCAACAACAGUCGAAUUAUCCCACCCAAUCAAAUGCUAGCAAAUAUCAAGCAAAUCAGUCGGCGUUUACCUCGUACCCAAGCCAUUAUGCUCAUCAACAGAAACAAAUAACAGACCACUAUCCGCCUGGGUACGCUGUUCAGAGGAUGCCGGCACAGUCUGGCUACCAUCCCCCUCACAGUGCUUCAAUACCCCUGCAGCAGCAGCUUGAGCAUGCGAGUCAGAAGUCAGGAUUCUCAGAGGAAAAGUACAAGAUGCAGCAGCAGCCAGCGAUGCGGGGUAUGGCCCCUAUGUCCUCACAGCAACAGCAGAUGAUGCCACAACAGGUCCAGUUGCAACAGCAGCCACAGAAUAAGGGUAGUAUUGUAACAGGUUAUCCAGUCAGGACUCAGGCACAGAGCUCUCAUUCAUCAAGUUAUCAGGGCUCCCAGAGUGGUUACAAUCAACAAAAUGGAGCACAGCGCCGGCCAUAUCAUGGCAGUGGACAGCCCCCUGGACAUCAAGGACGAUAUUAUUAGAGCACUUAACGUGACAUGAUGGGGAUCAUGAUGGGGGACUCUGGGCAUAGUACGAGUUGCUAUGGUAACCUGAAGAUUGCCAGGAAAUCUGUUUGACUGAUUUUUGUAACCCGGUGCUGAAAAGGCUAGUAGUUUAGUAUCGAAGACAGUGAUAGGGAACUAAUUGGUCAGCGAUAGUUCAAUGGAAAUAAGACUCGGAAGACUGAGUGAUGACCGAUUUGAUCUGCUCUCAGCUGUUCAGCAUCGCUGUUUGGUGAGUUGGGUUGGGAUUUACUUUGCAAGUCCAAUAGGGCUAGAGUUGGAAUAUGUCGGUGUGUCUAGUGAUAUACACUAAUAAAGUAAAGUUUACUUGACAUUCAAUGUUAUUUAAGAUGUGCUGUAGUUGGUUUAAGAUGUGCUGGCAAGUCACUUCACCUCCGAUUAUUUAAAGUUGUAAAUUUGUGUUUGUGCAACAUUCAGAUUAUGUAGUCAUUGUGUCCACCAAUAAUAGGACAACAGAUGUAUAAAUGUGCAACCCUCUUAUGCUAUUAAAUGAAGAUACAUGUAUCUCGGCUAAAUUUUCAUGAAUACAUGUAAUAGAACUUUGAACUCUCACCUGUGAGGACCCUCUUCUACAUUCUGCAUGUAGCUUGUCAAAUACAUGUACAUGUACUUCCUUAAACUGUACUGGUAACAGUUUGUCAUUGUUAAUUGGUGUAAUAAAACUGGUUUUAUUUAUGAAAAAGAGGAAA